AUGAGAUCAACCUUAUUUUCAAUUUACUUCCUUUUCUUGUACUUUUUUCUGUUAAAGUCGUUUUACUUAUCCAUCAGACGGAAAAGCUAUACUUAUGUAAAUAUGAUUGAAGAGCAAAAUUUAUGUAAAAGAUGCAAAAUACAUAGAGGUUUUAUUUAAUUUAGUAUGAUUAGAAAUAACAACUCAUCAUUGUAAAAUCUGCUAGACUUGCAUAUUAGAAAUGGAUCAUCACUGUUUCUUCAUUGGUAAUUGUGUAGGGAAAAAUAACUAUAAAUAUUUUAUAAGUUUUAUUUGUUAUACAAAUAUCCUGACAUUAAGUGUAUUAUUAUAUUUAGGCAAACAAUUUUAUUUUUUCGUUACUUUGAGAUUUGGAUUAUUAACAGUAAAUUGGUUUAGAUUGAUAUUUGUUUACAUUUUCACAACAUUACUUUUUUUAUCGGCUCUUUCAAUGUUGUUUGCUUAAGCAUAUGUCUUAGCAAACAAUAGUUCGAUGGUUCAUAUGCGAAAAUAUCCUGA